CGACUUUCAGAGGGGUCAAAGAUUCAUGGUCAGAAGAGCCGACAUAGAACAUCUGAUUGUACAGGGAUAUCUAGAGGAGGUGUAGUAGUGAAAUCGUGGCUGUGCUCGCACCAUUUCGGGAUUCCUGUUGUGCUCAACGCUGGCUUCGAGCAAGCACAUCAUCCAUCAUGAUUGCCACAAGACGGUUCCCGAAGUCCACGCCCAUUUUUCUAUUCAGUCAUUCUCGAACCACCCUGUCUGUCUUUCGUCAGGGACGAGUACGACAUUCUAGUUCUUCGUCGCCUUCGUCUGGCGACGACGUCGACCGGAGUAACCCCGGCGCGAUCUCGGAUCAGGAGUGGGACGUCCGGACAGGCCGUGCGAUCUACGUUCUACAACAAACACUCCCUGAUUUCUUCCGAAUUGGUCUGGUGUCGAACGUCGAUCCCACACGGGGACCAGGCUUAGUUUACAAUAUUUCAUCAGAACAAACAGAAGUAGAGAACAUUUACAGCCCAAAAAUACGGCUGUCGUACACUCCCCCUGUUGCCCUUCCUUCGCCCUUCCCUAGGACUUUGUCGAUAGAAGGCUUGCCUCUUUACUUGGCAUCCUCUGUUUUCAUCCGGCAUACAAUGAAAACGCUUUAUUCCGAUCUGCGAGUCGAGCUUCGAAAAGUAGUCGUACAGAUACCUCCACUGACCCCUAAAAGCAAUGCAGCUGGCCAUUCACGCAGCACCCGAGAGAAAAGUUUGUUCAUAGGACUUACGGUUCUUGGCACAACACGUGUCAGCGGCGGGCUAGGUGAAUGGCAGAUAGACUCAACGUAUUCCUUUUCGCCGCUUACUGGACUAAUAAAUCUCCAUACCAUCAAUUCGAUACAGCCCGCACCUCAUCAAGCGGCGUAUGACGCACUCCGCGCUUCCUUUAGCAACGUAUUUGGGUUAGGUGGAAGUAUGCAGCCAGGCGAGGCCAGAGCUGUCGACUCCACGAAGGCACGAGUGUGAUUGGGAUGUGUUGGAUUGUGUACAUCAUUCUAAAUGAGAUACGAGCAGAAUAAUGGAGUGUACGGUAAUAACAUUGCACCCCUCUCUGCUGCAGGCGGUAAUG